AUGGGUCUCAUAGAAAAGCUACAAGCUCGCCUAGAGCUCUACCGUCUAGAACAACGUUACACACGCCGCGAAAAACGCACAACCUUCAUCAGCGACGCGCACUACGUCGACGGCGAAUACGUCUAUGCCGCCUCUACCUCGGCCUCCUCUUCCUCCUCCCCAGCCAGCUCCGCCAAAUUCUCAACCAGCACAACGAGCAGCCGGCGCUUCAGCAAGAUGCCUGCAGCCCGGAUAAAAGAAUUCGCUCGUGCGGGCACGGGUCGAUCGGCGUAG